AUGUCUAGUAAACAUAAAUCUUCAAAGCGCCAAUCGAGAAAAGCUGCACAAGACUCUCCACCAGAUAAAGGAUUCGAGUUAGAUCUUUCUUUUGACACAGAAAAUUUUUCAGGUUUCGAUGCUGCCCUCGAUGAUUUAAAGGGCUCAUUUUUUUCUAAGUCUAGUGAAAGCAAAGGAGAAGAGUAUUUUGAUAAUUUUGGAGGGGCUUUUGAAGAGUCAGAAGGCAAAGAGGAUAUGAAUCAAGCUUUUGUUGUGGAAAGCUCAAUACUUUCAAUAGAAGAAGAUGACAAAGAAGAAGUUAAGGAGAAAAUUUUUGGCGUUGAAAUAAAACCUGAAAUAAAAGAAGCUGAAAAUAUACAACAAACUAAAGUAAGCAAAGCUCAAGUAGUGAAUGUUGUUGCAAUUGAAAGAAGUGAAAUAGGGCAGAGUUGAUGAUGCCAGUCAUGCUUAAUUGCUGAUGAAAAGAGAAAAGAAAGCCGGUGCAUCCUAUUUUAA